AUGGCAAGCAUGGCCCUCCAGUUGCUUGGCUUCUUUCUCAGUCUGCUCGGUCUAAUUGGGACACUAAUUGCUACUCUUCUGCCGCACUGGUGGCGAACGGCACACGUAGGCACCAAUAUUAUAACAGCUGUGAAAUAUAUGAAAGGGCUGUGGAUGGAGUGCGUCUGGCACAGCACCGGCAUCUACCAGUGCCAAGUCCACCGGUCUCAGCUGGCGCUGGCCAAAACGCCUACCGCCGUCUCGGGGGGCAUCGCGUUCAUCUUGGCCGGCCUCCUCUGCCUGGUGCCCGUCUCUUGGACCACGAACGACGUCGUUACCGAUUUCUACAACCCGCUGCUCCCCAGCGGCAUGAAGUACGAGAUCGGGCAAGCCCUCUACCUCGGCUUCGCCUCCGCGUCUCUGACCAUCCUGGGCGGCGCGCUGCUCUGCGCCUCGAGCCAGCGGGCGGGCAGCCGCGCGCCUCACCCGCCGCGGCCCAGGAGCGCACCCAGGGCUGCUCCCUCCUGCAGACCACCAACCGCCUACCAGGGGAACCAUGCCUCUUCCCGGACAUCUGCUUCCCAUAGCGGCUACAGAUUAAAUGACUAUGUGUGA